UCGGUCGAUCCGUUAUUUUUAUACUAAAAUCCACGUUAAACAGUCGUAACAACUUUAUACGUGUAAAAGUUGGUCUAAUAAAAUAAAAAUAAAAAUAAAUUGAAAACGUUCGUGUUUAUUUGUUCGGUUUCAUAGACGACUUAAUGUAACUACAACAGUACACAUGAAUUUGUUAGCGAUUUUUUGUUAUAUAACCAUGAUGUGUGACUCUCAAUUUAGGCGACUUGAGCAACCGACUGCGAUCCCUCAAGUCAAGCGAAUUGAGCAACCGGCUACGAUCGCAACACGGAUCGGACAGGCUACGAUUGCACCUAAGUUCGGACAGCCUACGAUCGCACCUCGGUUUGGCCAAGCUACGGUCGCACCUCAGAUAGGAGAGGCUGCGAUCGGUCCUCGGAUCGGACAAAGUUUUCAGAGUGUGAAUAACAGCGUGUCACCAACCACCGAUGGACGUAAAACCACCAGAGAAACGUCGUCAUAUCCAACUCGAUACGAUUUCAUUGAUAUUGAAGCUGUUAUGAACAAUGAACGAAUCAUAAAAAUUCUUUUCAAUUGUGUUAUGAACCAAGGGCCGUGUACCAGAGAGGGUUUGGAGCUCAAAAGGAUUGUUCCGGAUGCAAUACAAACAGAAUGUGCUAAAUGUAAUGAUAGACAAAGAAAACAAGCAGGGAAAGUUUUGGCUCAUUUACUACAGUAUAAACCAGAGUAUUGGAACAUGUUGGUGAAAAAAUUUGAUCCAAAUAAUGUAUAUUUGAGAAAGUAUAUGGCAGACAAUGAUGACGAUGAGAAAUUAUCUCUUCAAAAACUUACCAACAAUACUACCAAAUAAAACUAUAUGUUUAGUUCUAAUUUGAUUAUAGAACAAAUAAUUUUAUUGACAUAUAUUUUCUUUUGAAUAUAUGUAUUUUAAAUUAUAUAAAAUAAGUCAGUCAAUAAACCUAUAGAAUUAGAAGUAGAUUUAAAAAUAUAAGAUAAUAUAAUAUCUCAAACAUACAUUUUUGAUACUAAUUAAUAGUUUUUUUUAUUUCAUACACAUUUGUAAAUUGUCAUUAUAUUAAAUUGCUGUAUUAUGAUAUUCCUACUGAUAGGUUAUUAAUUAUUAUAUUAUUAUAUUAUUUUAUGUAUAUUUAGUAUUAAUUUAUCAUUUUUUAUCGUAUUAUAUUGAUCUUAAAUUUUUUUAAUACUAUGGUCUAAAAAUAAAUUAUCUUGAGUCAAUAAAUGUUUUAAACUGUGAUGCUAA